AUGCUCGAAUCAAGAACAAACCUCCUCUCCGCCCUGGCACGAACCCUCGACAGCGAAACCACACCCUCAGCCCUAAAAUCCACCAACCUCGCCCGCCACCGCGAAAUCCUCUCCCAACACCGCGCCGAACUCCUCCGUCUAAAAUCCCAAAUCUCCCAAGCCCGCAACCGCGCCAACCUCCUCUCCACCGUCCGCUCCGACAUCUCCGCCCACCGCUCCUCGGAAGCCGAAUACAUGCUCGACGAGCGAGCCCGACUGCAGAAUUCCCACUCCAUGGCCGAUGGGGUUUUGAGUCAGGCGUAUGCCGUGCAGGAGAAUUUCGCUGUGCAGAGGGAGACGUUGGUGGGGAUUCAGAGGAGGAUUACGGGCGCUGCGGCCAGGGUUCCGGGGAUUAAUGGGUUGAUGCAGAGGAUUGGGAGUAAGAGGCGGAGGGAUGGGAUUAUUUUGGGUUCGUUUAUUGCUUUUUGCUUUUUGGUUCUUUGGUGGUUUUGGUGA